AAGAGAGGCUGGGCUGUCUUGGGAGGGGGGUGUGACCGGAGCUCUGCCGGUCCCUCCCCCCUACUGCUGCCCCCAGCCACUGGCGCCUCUGGCCAGAGCACUCCACAGCCCACUUCUCUGAUUCUCCUCAGGAGGUUUCACCGCAGAGAGCCAGAAAGAUGGACUUCGGCAUGUCUGUUACCCUGAGCAAGAGAUUCCAAGGAGGGAAAGCAUUCGGCUUGCUGAAAGCCCGGCAGGGGAGGAGGCUGGAGGAAAUUAACAGGGAAUUUCUCUGUGACCAGAAGUACAGUGAUGAAGAAAACCUGGAGGAAAAGCUCACAGCCUUCAAGGAGAAGUAUAUGGAAUUUGACCUGAACAACGAAGGAGAAAUUGAUCUGAUGUCCCUGAAGAGAAUGAUGGAAAAGUUAGGUGUCCCAAAGACCCAUCUGGAGAUGAAAAAGAUGAUCUCUGAAGUGACAGGUGGAGUCAGUGAUACCAUCUCCUAUCGAGACUUUGUGAAUAUGAUGCUUGGAAAACGUUCAGCCGUCCUUAAGCUAGUCAUGAUGUUUGAAGGAAAAGCCAACGAGAAUGCCCCCAAACCUGUUGGCCCCCCUCCUGAGAGAGACAUUGCCAGCCUGCCCUGAACAUAACUGCUCUGCCUGCCUGCCUGCUUCCCUGGCCCGCAUUCAGCUGGGCUUUUUGUGUCUCCUUAUGACUUUUCUUGUUUGUUCCUUAUUGCUUUGUAUUUUUUGUUUGCUUCUUAUUUUUCUUUUUUUACAUUAGAAAGUUUUAGUGAUUAUUUUUUUUUAAGGCACAAACUAAUCUGCCUUAGGGAAAUUAGAAAUGGGAAGAAUCCAAUGCCUUUGAUCCCCUCCCUUCUUUUGUAGAAGAGCUCAUCUGACUUGAGAUGAGGGUUGGGGUAUCACUGAUGUCAAACCAAAUACUCAUCCUUGGAGACCACUAUCUUCUUUUCUUUCAUGAGGUCUCUGAGUGAGAUUAGGUACACUCCAUAGUGAGAUAAAGGACUUAGAUUUAGGACUUGUAGAUAUCUUCCUACUUCUGCUAGUAGCUUUUGGGGUGAUAUGAGCCAGAAUUUCACUUUACCUGCCUCUUAAUUUCCCCAUCAGGACUCUGACUUCCUGAUAAUGUAGAUGCCUUCUCCAUAAAUAGGCAAAACAGCUGACUACCAUUAAGGUUUUCCCCAUCUGCUCUAUGGUCCCAGCUGUCCCUAGAGUUUCUACCAGUCAAUGUUUUCAUUUGUUAAGAUCUAGGUGUCCUAUAAUCUUUUGCUAGUUCUAAAUCCCAACUGCUGUUAUCAUGAGUAAAAGAAGGUGAAUGUGCUGAAAUCAAACCUCUAGUACUGAAAAGGCAGGAGAGUAUGGAAGAAAGAGCUAAAAAGUUGGGCCCAACAGAGUAUCAUGAAAAAGUUACCUUUGAGACCAAUGAUGACCCUGAGUGGAGUAGCAAGCUAACUCCUAGAUGGCUGAGAAAUGAAGGUUGGACCAGGCUGCAUGCUAUCUCUUCCAGGGAUAAGAAAGAUAUGACAAAAAGAUGAACAGACUUUUGGACUUUUAACUCCAGACAUGUGAGCAUCAUAAGGAGUCAGCACAGUUUCAGUCCCAUUUCAAGGGACAGCAUCAGAGGCCCGUGGGGAACUGAGAAACCUCAGUACCAAAAAGUUACACCUGACUUUUAUGAAGAACCAGCUUUGGAACUCUUAAGAGACAGGAGCUUAGCCUUUCUGGCCAUAAAAGUGGCUGGUUAUUUUUUAUUCCCUGCAGAAAGCUUUAAUACUUCUUGAUAGCAAAAGCCUAGUGUCUACAAACUUUAUCUGGCCUUUGUUUUCAAAUUGUCCUUCUGAUUUCUCUGAAUGGGAUAUCUGUGGUGCAUCCCCAAGAUGUAUUAUAAAAGUAGAAUAUUAGAGCUAGAAGGGAUUUGGAACAUGGAAUAUUAGAACUGGAGAACUUCUGGUUCAACUUUAUUGUUAGUAAAUAGCUGAAACUAGAACUAUCUCUUGUGGCAGAAAAGGAGAGAGAGAGAGAGAGGUAGCCAGAAAGAAAUUCUAAGUAUAUGCUUUGUGUAAAUCCUGUACUAAGUGAUUAGUACUUAAGGUCAUACCUUUCAAGUAUAGCAUUUGCAAGAGAAAUCCAUUUGCCUGGGCUAUCUCUAAGGAUUGCACUCCUCAAAGGACUCUCUGCUUCCUGAGCUCCCAAAUCUGGAAAACUAAACCUUUGAAAUUCUUGUAGGAAGUUGUAAAAUGAGUUUUGAUCCAUAGUUAACAGACUAUGCCCUUAAGUCUGAGCUGUCUGGCCUCAUGGAGGAGGAGGUGCUUCCUCCUGGAAGCAGCAUUCCAGUGGGCCUGUGGAAGGUGCUUAUUAUAUAGAACUGACUCACCAUCAACAGUCCAUGGGCUAUCUGAGUCCCAGGGCAGCAGAUGGUCUAGGAAUGCCAACAUGGAUGUCAUUACCAAGAAAAGAGUAAUCAGAGUUCUGCAAAAAAGGUGGCAAAGAUAGACUUUGGUACUGACCAGAUCCCCUUGGUGGGGUUAUUUGGUGGUGUAAAUAACAGCUUUUGGAGGAGGAGGAAUUCUGAAAAAUAUAAGUAAUUAUGUCUGAAUGUUAUAGGAUAUCCCCCAUUCUGAGCAGGGUUUAAGCCUAUAUUGUACCUUGCUCCAAUAUUAAUUGUGAAAGAUGCUGCUAAGCAAAGAACUUUCUGAAUUAGCUUGGAAGCAGAGUGAAUAAGCUAAGAGAUAGAGAGCCAUGUCAUUGUUGCAUGUGAGCCUACUUGGUCCUGACAGGUUCAGGAGCAAGUAAACUUUUUUGCCUAUAAAUGGUUAAAUUUUGGCCUAAAUAGCUGCCAAUAUGUGCACACACAGUUGAAGUUUAACCUUUGAAACAUUCUUCCUUAUAAAUUCUACCCUUAUUAUUUCCUUAAGAUAAUCAACAGAGCUAGCAACUGACCUGAAAUACCCCUAUCCCCCUACCCCUGCCCUUUAAACUGCUAUCUUUUUUGCCCUGGGAUGCACUCUGAGCAACAUGAAGUCUGUUUUGGCAUCUGAAUCAGAUAUAGUGCAAAUGAUUCUCCCUUAGAAAUAAAGAAAGAAGGAGCUGGGCUUCUUUCAGUGGGUUUUUUGGCUUUCUAUGACCCCAGGAAAGCCUUGGGGAUCAUUUCCUUCUACUUCUCCAAGAAAUGGGAGCAAGUGAUUUGCUCACAAGCUCUGAGAAGAGGCAGAGAAGGAAGUAUUACUCUUUGAAAAGAAUCAUCUCUGAUAAAACUCAUCAACAUCUUCCCCUUGGCUCUUUUGAGACUCAGAACUUAUUAGACUGCCCCUCACACAGAGCCUAUUUCUGGGAAAGGUGAUACCUUGGAUGGAUCCAAAGAGCUGCCUCUUGCCUCUGGGGCUCACCCUUUCUGCCUGGGACUUACAAGCUCUGGACUUUCAUAUCCUGACUUUUUACUUUUGAAUGACCAAGUUAUGAGACAACCAGAUUCCAUCAAGGGCUUGGACCCUUUCUUGUGAUGGAAAAGAAAGAGUUCAACAGAGCCGAGUGAAGUAUCUGUUUAUAUGCUUGUGUGUCUGGGCAGGGGGAAGCAACAGAGGGGAGGGUCACUUCCAUGGACUGAAAAUAAACUGGACAAAAUGGU